AUGAACCCAAUACUCUCUACCCUUCAGUACUGGCUAGUGAACCACCCAAAGAUCCUGUAUUUUUCCUGGACCCCAGGUCAAACCUUUGGCUCCACCCAGCAAUUCCUCACCGUCACGGUGGCCACCUAUCUCUUCCUCACUUUCCUUCUCCCCCGAAUCCCUCUCCCUUCUUCCCUUAGAAGACCCCACAUCCUCAAACCAAUCACAGCCCUCCACAGCCUCACCCUCUUCCUCCUCUCCUCCGUCAUGGCCCUGGGCUGCAUCCUGUCCGUCAUCUCACACACUGGCCGCCGUAACCUUCACCAUAUCGUUUGCUUCCCUCCCAACACUCCACCAUCUGGGCCUCUCUUUUUCUGGGCCUACGUAUUCUACCUCUCCAAGAUCCUUGAAUUUGGGGACACCCUUUUGAUCAUCUGGAGCAAUUCAAUCCAACGUCUCACGUUCCUCCACGUCUACCACCACGCAACGGUUGUGAUCAUGUGCUACUUGUGGCUGAGCACUUCACAGUCACUGUUUCCUGUGGCUUUGAUCACCAAUGCUAUGGUGCAUGUGGUGAUGUACUACUACUAUCUAUGGUGUGCAAUGGGGGUGAGGCCAAAGUGGAAAAGAUUGGUCACUGAUUGCCAGAUUGUGCAGUUUGUGUUUAGCUUUGCCAUUUCGGGUUUGAUGCUUUACUAUCAUUUUACAGGAUUGGGUUGCUCAGGAAUCUGGGGUUGGUGCUUCAAUGCUCUUUUCAACGCUUCUCUUUUGGCUCUUUUUCUUGAUUUUCAUGCCAAGAGCUAUGCCUACAAAAAGGCCGCUCUCAAAAAUAAAAGGCUAUGA